GUUUUAAUUCGAGUGGUGUAAUUAUUAUUUAAAUCAAGUAUUUUGAAUAAAUUAACUAUAAUUUCCAGAAUAAUAAAGUCAACUAAUAAAUUAUGGGUUUUACAGAGAAAAUAACAUGCCUGCAAGUACUCAACGGUAUGGUGAUCGUUGGCUUCAUGUUCAAUUACAUGCUACGUGUCAACUUAACAAUUGCCAUUGUUGCAAUGGUCCGCCAUGAUACAGCAAUAUCGAACGCAACAGAACUUAACUCAACAACAGCACCAUUAAUACCAAAUGACGAGUUAGAAUUAUCCGAACGUAGAUACGACUGGGAUGAACGUCAACAAAACUUAAUAUUAGGAUCAUUCUAUUGGGGUUACAUUCUAACAGAACUACCGGGUGGACGUUUAGCUGAAAUAAUUGGGGCACGUCGUGUAUUUGGCUAUUCUAUGUUAAUAUCAUCAGCUUUAACAUUAAUCACACCAUUUUUAACGUCCGUACAUUAUAUUGCAAUUGUUAUAUUACGGGCAGUUAUUGGAUUUAUGUUGGGUGCAACAUGGCCAGCAAUCCCACCUAUGGCGGCAGCAUGGAUACCACCAUUAGAACGUAGUAAAUUUAUUGCAAAUAUGAUGGCAUCUUCGUUGGGUGCAGCUAUUACGUUACCUAUAUGUGGGGUGUUGAUAGCUUCGUUUGGUUGGCCAAGUGUAUUUUAUGCAACGGGUGUGGUUGGUAUUGUAUGGUCGAUUUUAUGGUUUGUUUUGAUAUUUGAUUCACCGGAACAACAUCCUCGUAUAUCGGCGGAAGAGAAACAAUAUAUAACGAAUGCUAUAUCUGUGCAUGGUGGACAAAAUAAUAAGCCAGAUCAUGUACCCUGGGGAAAAAUUUUCACAUCAACACCGGUAUGGGCAAUUAUAAUCACACAUGGUUGUUCUGUAUUUGGAUACUUUUCAAUAACAAAUCAAUUGCCAACCUAUAUGAAAUAUAUAUUAAAUUACAAUAUUAAAGCGAAUGGUUUAUUGACAAGUUUACCAUAUUUGGGUAAAUACUUUUUCGCAGUUUUAACUAGCUACAUAGCCGAUUAUUUAAGACGAAGUGGUCGUUUAACUACGACACAAACACGAAAAUCAUUCACAACGUUUGCAGUGAUGACACCAGGAUUUUUGAUGAUUUUACAAGUUUUCUUUGGAUAUGAUCGAGUAUGGUCUAUAAUUAUAUUUACAGUUGCUUUAACAUGUAAUGGUGCCGUUACUGCUGGAUACUUAAGUAAUGGAUUAGAUAUUGCACCAAAUUUCUCGGGUACAAUCUUUGGAUUAGCGAAUACUUUGUCUUCUGGCGGUGGAUUUUUAUCUGCCCUUAUUGUUGGAACAUUAACUUAUCAUAAUCAAACUUAUGGACAAUGGCAGUAUGUAUUUGCUAUAUUAGCUGUAACAUACAUUUUUGGUGCACUUGUAUAUUUGAUAUUUGGUAGUGGUGAACUUCAACCAUGGAACAGUGGACCAGUAAAAGCACAGCCGACACAAAAUGGAGUUGACGCUGAAGUAGUUCCAUUAAAAGAAACACCACCACCAUCAGAAAAAGCAUAAAAAGCUUUAUCACAAUUAGUUUAAUUACUGUAUGGCCUUGCAAAAAAAAAAAAAUCAAACAAAUUAUAUACAAAAUGAAAUUGAACAAAACAUACGCUGGUUGUAUGGAAGCUAAGAGAUUUAUCACAAAAAUUUUUAAAGAAUGUGAUAUUUUCGAUACGCACAUGCUCUUUAGGGAAUCCUAAUGUUUGUUCAAUGUUCCUGUUUUUUUAAAAGAAAAUUUGACUGACGAUGAUACGUUAGAAGAAUGAAUGGUAUAAGUUAACCCUCUCGAAAAUAUGUAUGUACGGGGGUAAAACUUAUCUCAGGAAAACUAUUUUCAUUCCAAGAAUCCAGAGGUUAGUUUUUAGGACUAUUUAUAUUUUAGUAUUUAUUUAUUUUUUAAUCAGUGAAACCUGGCACUUAUGGGGGAAAUGGUUUACCGACAAAUUUCUAUGGA